AUGGCUGACACAUUUCGAAAACGUUCAUUUAAACCCAAAAAUCAACGAAAGCGUCAGGCUGCUAGCGAUGAAGAAAGUGAUGACGAAACUGUCGUGGUUCGAAAAGAAAAGAAAGCAAAUUAUGUAAACCCUUUGGUGCAAUCAAGUGGCAGUGCUAAGAAAGUGGAAGUCGAUAAUGACAACAGUUCAGAAGACGAUUCCGUUGUUGCUAUGUAUAAAUCGAAACAAACUACCGAGUCGGAACUUCCAAAAGAUAUGGGGGCAACCGCCACUCUAGAAAUCGAAACAGAAACUGAUAGGGACGCGCAGGCAAUCUAUGAAACUUCAUUAAAAAUUAAUAAAGAAUUGAAAGGCAAAGAAGACGAUAAAAUUUACAGAGGUGCUGCUAAUUAUCAGCAGUUUUAUGAGAAACGGGAUACAGCGUUGGGAAAUGCCUCUAGUGGUAUGGUUAGAAAAGGACCGAUUCGAGCACCAGCGAAUUUAAGAGCUACCGUACGAUGGGAUUACCAACCGGAUAUUUGCAAAGAUUACAAAGAAACUGGAUACUGUGGUUUCGGUGAUAGUUGUAAAUUCUUGCACGAUCGAAGUGAUUAUAAAUUUGGUUGGCAACUGGAACGUGAAGAGAUGCAUCAACACGAUAGCGAUGACGAUGAACCUUCUAGUUACGAAAUUCAUGACGAAGAAGAUAGUGUACCUUUCAAAUGCUUCAUAUGUCGAGAUUCAUUCACCGAACCUGUUGUGACUAAAUGUGGGCACUACUUUUGUGAAAAGUGCGCGCUGGAUAAUUUCAAAAAAUCUACGCGUUGUUAUAUUUGUAACAAACAAACAAAUGGUGUUUUUACUCCAGCUAAAAAAGUUAUCGAACGUUUGAAUGCUGCUAAAGAUGAAUAA